AUGACUAUAACACCAAUAGACAACUUUGAUAAGGCAGUUGGAUCGAACUGCAGCUCCAAGAAGAAUUCUCCAAAGAAAGCACCCAAAUCAGAUCAGAAUUUCCCUUGGACUUACUACAUAAUCAAUUCUCCUCGUUGUGAGAAAGCCUUAGAAACAUUUCGAAAGAGUGGAACACUUCCAUCAGUAUUGGAAAGACCUCAAGUUGCCCAAUACAUCAAAAGAAUGCAAGUAAGUUCCAUGUUGAUGGGUAAUUAUCAAGAAGCUGAACAAUAUAAGAAUGAUUCAGAAAGAUUUAUCAAAAUAUGCAAGGAUUCUUUAAACGAAGAUAAUGCAACAUUUCAAAAACAUAAAUUAAAACACGAAAUUCUUGAAUUACACGCACAAAUACAAAAAAUCAAUGAGAAGUUUGAUCAGGAUAUCAAUGCCCUACUUGAAGAGAAGAAGAAAAUGCAAGAACAACUUGACAGCAAAUACACAGAAAAAUUAGAUAAAUUUGUUCAAAAGUGGGAAGAUGAAAGUACACUAAGAGCAUUCUCACGUCAAUCUGUUAGGUUAACAGAGCUCAGAUCCCAAGAAAAAUCAUUAAUUUUCGAAAAAGAUUACUACCGGGCAGCUCAAUUUAAGAGAGAUGCUGAUUUAUUAGAAAUUCAGGAAACAAAAAAGGCUCAGAAGAAGGCUGAAGCAGCGAUGGCGUCCGAGCGUGAAGAAAUUGAACUUGAUUAUGAUAAACAGCAGCAACAGCUUAAUAAUAUCAUAAUGAGGAAGAGUAAACGUGUUGAAAGACUUCGAGAAGACGCAAUACAUCCAAUUGUUGCCAGAAUUAAUAAAUUAGUUAUGGAUCGCGAUAAAGGUUACUUCCCGCAGCCUUUGGAUGCUUCCUUUGAUACAGAGACAAUGUUCCAACGCACUCCAAUGGCUAUUUCUACUCCAAGAACACGUCAAAAGCUUGUACAGUUCAAAACAACUAAAAAUGCUCAAAAGCUUCAACUCAAUGGUUUCAGACCAAUUCCUAUGGAUGGAAAAGUUAAGUUGGUAAUACCUAAGCUUGCACAGUCAAGAUAA